GGCUGGGACCCAUGUGGGGACGUUCGAGAUGGAGCAGGGGAAAGCGGGGACCAGCCCCGGCGCACCGGGAUGGACACGGGGAUAGACACAGGGAUGGACACCGGGACACCGCUGCGGUGGAGGCGGAGCGUCAGACCCCGCCCAUCAAAGGGGCAGGACCAGCUCUGACCAAUCACGGGAGGGGGCGUGGCUUAGGUCUCCGCCCCCUCCGCCAAAAUGGCUGCUCCCGCGCGCCACGUGGGUGCCGGGGCCCGGUGGGAGGCGGCGGCGGGAGGGGAAGGAGGAACAGAAACGGAACGGGAAUGGGAAGAGGAACGGGAAUGGGAAGAGGAAACGGAAGGGGAAGAGGAAGCGGAAGAGGAAGCGGCCGGGACCGGCGCGUUGCGGGCCGUGUUCCCCCGCGACCCCGCGCUCUUCGCUGACACGUUCCCGGUGCUGCGGCGGUUCCGGCUCUGCGGGCGCGUCCUGCGCAUCGCGCAGCACCACGGGCCGCGCCUCGGGCUGGCGGCCAACGUCUGGGAGGCGGCGCUGGCCCUGGCCCGGUUCCUGGAGAAGCAGCGCUUCGAGUUCCAGGGCCAGUCCGUGAUCGAGCUGGGCGCCGGCACCGGCAUCCUCGGCAUCCUGGCGGCAAUGCUGGGCGGUGAUGUGACCAUCACGGACCGGCCGGUGGCGCUGGACCAGAUCCGGGAAAACGUCCGGUUGAACUUCCCGGCGGCGGCGGCUCGGCCGCGGGUGCGGGCGCUGGAGUGGGGCCAGGACGAGGCCUCCUUCCCUCGGGAAUUCCAGGUUGUUCUGGGCUCGGACCUCGUGUACGACCCGGGGUCGUUCCCGGCGCUGCUGCGGGCACUGCGGCACCUCUGCGGGCCCCGGUCCCGGGCUCUGCUCAGCGCCCGCACCCGAGGCGGGGACAGCGGCUCCCGGUACUUCUUCCACCGGGUCCUGCCUCCGUUCUUCCGGGUCGAGCUGUUGUGGCAGGAGCAGGAGCACGACAUCGAGAUCUAUGGGGUGACCUGCCGGGGGGGGGACGCGGCACCCCCUGUCUGGGGGUCGUGCGGGGAGGGGGGGGACGCUGCAAUGGGGGUGUCCUGACAAGGAUUAAAUGGUCAACAGGGCCCUCGG